UGCAGAUGGGUGAAAAACAGUCAAAAAUCUGUGAAGAAAAACUUUCAGAGUGACAUUCAGUCAGAACUGGUAGAACUAUCAUUGCCUUUUACUUCAUUAUUCUUACGCAGUACCGAAGGAACUGAGUUUAACCGUGCUUUGCAAAGCAGUCAGGACUGAAAGUCUUACCUGCUCAUAGGAGGCUCCAAAACUGGAAAAGGUCAUUAACAGGCGAUUAAAAACUUCAUUAUUAUCCAAUAUUAUUUUCAUUAGCGAGGAGGAAAAGAUGGAUGUAUUUAGAGCACUUGGAAAUGAGACGCUGUUGUCCAAUUCCUCUGGUCCUGCUCGAUGGGAUCCCUUCCACCGUCCUUUGGACUCCAUCCAGCCCUGGCACUUCAGGCUUGUGGCAGCAGUGAUGUUUGUGGUGACCUCCCUGUCUCUUGCUGAGAACCUGGCUGUGAUCCUGGUAACUUUUAAGUUCAAGCAGCUGAGACGACCUGUCAAUUAUGUUAUAGUGAAUUUGUCUGUGGCUGAUUUCCUGGUCUCACUGACUGGUGGCACCAUUAGCUUUUUAGCCAAUCUAAAAGGCUAUUUCUAUAUGGGGCGCUGGGCUUGUGUACUGGAAGGAUUUGCUGUCACGUUUUUUGGCAUUGUGGCUCUCUGGUCUCUUGCUCUUUUGGCUUUUGAGCGGUAUGUCGUGAUCUGCCGCCCACUGGGAAAUAUGCGCUUGAGAGGGAAGCAUGCUGCCCAGGGAAUUGCCUUUGUGUGGACCUUUUCCUUCAUUUGGACCAUUCCACCAACCAUGGGUUGGAGCAGCUACACCACCAGUAAGAUUGGGACUACCUGUGAGCCUAAUUGGUAUUCAGGAGCUUAUAAUGAUCGUUCCUACAUUAUUGCAUUCUUCACUACCUGUUUUUUAGUGCCUUUAUUGGUAAUUUUGGUAUCCUAUGGGAAACUGCUGCAGAAGCUAACAAAGGUGUCAGAUACACAAGGCAGGUUGAGAACUGCCAGGAAACCUGAAAGACAAGUGACUAGAAUGGUGGUUGUUAUGAUCAUUGCUUUUCUGAUCUGCUGGAUGCCAUAUGCCACCUUUUCUAUCCUAGUCACUGCAUACCCUUCCAUUGAACUGGAUCCUCAUCUGGCAGCAAUUCCAUCUUUCUUUUCCAAAACGGCUACUGUUUAUAAUCCAGUUAUUUAUGUGUUUAUGAACAAACAGUUCAGGAAGUGCCUGAUACAGAUGUUCAGGUGUAGUGCCAUAGAGUCUGCAGAGUCCAACAUGAGCCCAACUUCAGAGAGAGCAACGCUCACCCCAGACAAAAGGGGCAGUCAGUUGUCGAUCAUGGCAGUACGAAGCACCAUUUCUUAGAGGAAAAAUGGAGAUGAACACAGAAACUGCAAUUCUUUUGCUCAGCUGACAGCUUCAGGAAACAAAAUCUGUCUCUUGCAAAAGGUAGAUAUGAUCGUUAAUGCAAUACAGCAGUGUGUUUCCUCGUUACCCCAUCACUUCAUACUAAAGAUGUCAUUGGGGCCAUUGUGCUCUGUCUCAUAGACACUAACUUUAAGAUUCUGAGCUCCCAAGUGCAUAUAAGAGCUGCUUGGCUGUGCAGUUGCAGUUGAAGACCAGCCAGAAAGUGAGUCCCUUUCUCUGUGUUUGUCUUAGCAAUCCUACUUGCCCCCUGGUGUAAAACAAUGGAAGCCCAGCAUUAUUGUGCUGACACAUAAUACAGCAAAGAAAAGAGUUUCAUUGAUGACUGCACCUUAGUCAGCUGGGCAAAAAUAUGAAGUGAUGCAUGGCUUCAGUAUGUUAAUGGAAAAUGAGUAAUAUUUAGCACACAGCUGACUCAAGCUCAACCACACAGAGAUGCAUGGAGACACAGGCUUGAGUGCCUUUUGAUUUGUUCGGAAAUUUCUACUAAAAAAGCAGAGGAAGCAUGAGGUCUCUGCACUUAUGUCUAUCCCAGAUGAGAACCUCAUUCGGGCCACUAAAUUUUCCAACACCGUGGAUGAGCUAUGCAUAUUUCCAAGGACUUUGUUAUUAAGAGCCAUUCAUAUUCUUUAUGUCCUCUGUGCCAAGAAAUCUGUACUAAUGGCAACUUUGAAAUAAAUCAACUAAUGCCAUCCUUUAGUGUGUGUGGGGGUAACAAUCUUGUACCUAUUUGUCAAUUCUCUUUAUUAGAGAAAUUUAGUUGCAAGGUAUAGCAGAGUAUAAUACUUAAAGAGUAUUCUUAAAAUAACUAAUUUGUUUAAUUUUAUUUACACGAUGCUCUUUGUCUUAAUGCCAGAUUAGAAAAAACAGAUAAAAUUUGGAUUAUUUUCUUAGUAGAAAGGUUGUUCACGUUCCCUGAUUUCAUUUUAGAAGGGUUAGAUCUAAGAAUGGGAGUUACUCUACAAAUUACUUGAGCUGCAUGUGUGAGAAUUCAUUGCAAGCCACCUGUGGUUCUGAUACUCAUCAAAUUUCAUUAGAUAGUUGGCUUUUACAAUAUAAUUUUAACCUCCGUAAACUUGAAUUUUCACAGUGCUCAAUAUUAAACCCAAACUAUAAACCUCAUUAUGAAAGCUACAUCUUUGCACAAUUCCUGUUCUUUACCACUAACUCCAUGUUAUCUACAUCAGAAAAGUCAAUACAUGUAUAAGGCUGUUAAUUUUUUUUUUAAAUAUUCUAAGACAGGAGAGUUAAGACACUGAGUUAUUAUUUGUUUGCACACCUUUGUGUUCAUUAGUUUGUUUUUAAAAAAAGAAUCUUUGCAUUUAAGACUCACAUUUUCUCUUUCAAGCAUACUUUGACCUAGGUUAAUCACACGUUAAUGGUAUGAGACAUAUUAAAUCAUGAGGAACUGGCAGUAGUGUUAAUAUUUAAUUAAAAGCAACAGAAGUAUUUUAUGUCCUGAGAAUUUGAGGAAAUGUAUUUUUCUGUACAUGUGAAAGUAAAGCAUCAAAACUUAAGUAACGGAAAAGAAAGGCACAACAUGAAGAUGCAUGGAAAACCUGGGAAAAUAAUAAGUUAAAAUUGUUUUUGCAACGUGAUUAUCAUCUGUGAUUCAGAAUCUGGUGACACAACACAGCCAGCCCUGGCAGCAGGGGUGGAAGCAAUUCACCUGUGAGACCAGAAGGGGUGGAUCCUGGCUCCACCUCUCCCUACUCUCA